CCCAUAUUCCAGAGUUCCGCUUCUCGCAGCUUCCAUCCUACCAGACAUCUAUCGAUACUUCGAGAAGAGAGGAGAAGAGAGGAGAGAAGAGAAGAGCGGAGAGGAGGAGAGAGCGCCGCAAGGACAUGUUGGACGCCUUCGAGAUCGUCACGUCGUCGGGCAUUGUGCUCUGGCGCAAGCACUACGCUCCGCUCUCGCCGCACGUUAUCAACAGCCUCAUCAACGACGUCUUCAUCGAGGAUCGACACGUCCACACCGCUUCGACCACCGCCGCUGCCGCCGCCGCCGCCUCCAACCCCGCCUCCUCUCUCGCUUCCUCCGCCGACACCUACAGAAAGGACAAGUACACGCUCAAGUAUGCCACCGCCAAGGACGUCGGCCUGAUCUUUGUGGCCGUGUACCAGUCCUUGCUCCACCUCUCGUGGGUCGAUAAUCUCCUCACCACUGCCAAGGCCCUAUUCACGAGACGAUAUGCCGCCGACCUGAAGCCUCAGCCCCAGCACCAGCAGCAUGUGGCCAGCAUCGAUACCCGCGACUUCGAUCAGACCUUUGAUGCCCUCCUUGGCAAGCUCGACACUGGUAGUACCAGGCGAGCACCAAGCGAGGUUGACUCGGAAAGCCAGGCCGAGCUAACUCCGCCUUCGAGUACCGCUUCCCAAGCAGACGAUCAAGAUGGCGCUCCGGCACCACCAGUACCGCUCUUCAAGAAACCUGCUUUGGCUCCGCCAAGAGACGUGGCAGGAGAUACCACGAGCCCGGACGACACUCCCGUCGCAACGCCGGACGCCUCAAGACCGGGCACGCCCCUGCAUGCUUCUUCCCAUUUGUUAGCUCCCAAGGCUGGACCCGGCGGCUUGUCAAGAAAGCAGAGGAAGAAGGCCAAUCAAUUUGGUACAUCUGCUUUGCCAUCCUCUGGUGACGAGAGCGAUCGCAGGCCGAAGAGCUCGCAGGGAAAGACGAAAGCCAAGCGGAGAUGGGACGCCAGUGGAGUGGCGCAGGACGACAACGAUGAGGUGCUCGACUAUAGCGCUGCAGCUACCCCAAGUACAGAGCAAGAUGCACUGGAUGUUGAAGACGUCAACGCCACCCGGAUGGGGAACCGCACCGUCAAGGGUCAAUUCGUUCUGAAAGACCUGGACGAUGAGGUCGAGGCUAUACUCGCCGAGUCCAAACGGAAUGCUGAUUUUACGAGCACCGACAAGGAUGUUUCAGGCCUCAUCGGCACAGCAACUUCCAAACUGUCUGGUCUCUUUCGAAACGUGGUUGGCGGCAGAGCACUCACAAAGCAGGAUCUGGAACAGCCUAUGCAAGCAAUGCGAAACUCCCUCAUCGAAAAGAACGUCGCUCCCGAAGCCGCCGGUCGACUUUGCUCAAGCGUGGAGACGGAUCUCCUCAACUCCAAAACCGCGUCGUUCACGUCCAUCGACAAGACCAUUCGCGAAAGCAUGGGCAGAGCGCUCACGAAAAUCCUCACGCCCACAAGCUCUCUCGACCUCUUGCGCAACAUCAACAACACCAUCGAAGGCCAGAAUCCUCGUCCAUAUGUCAUCUCCAUUGUGGGCGUCAACGGCGUGGGAAAGAGUACGAAUCUAAGCAAAAUUGCCUACUUUUUGCUCCAGAACAAGUUUCGAGUACUGGUGGUGGCCUGCGAUACCUUCCGGUCGGGAGCUGUGGAGCAACUUCGGGUCCAUGUCCGCAACCUCACAGAACUCUCUCGACGAGAAGCGAACGCUGGGACUGUCGAGCUGUUCGAAAAGGGUUACGGCAAAGAUGCAGCAGACGUGGCCAAGCAAGCUGUCGCAUUCGCGUCGAACGCAGGUGGUGGCAACAUGCUGUACGAUGUGGUACUGAUUGACACUGCCGGCAGACGACACAACGAUCAGCGUUUGAUGAGCUCUUUGACCAAGUUCGGACAGCUGGCGAAUCCGGACAAGAUUUUCAUGGUAGGCGAGGCGCUGGUGGGCACAGACAGUGUGAGCCAGGCGAGGCACUUUGCGGAACAGUUUGUGGAUCGUAAGGGGCAGAUGAGGAGCAAUGGUAAGGGAAUGGAUGGAUUUAUCAUUAGUAAAUGUGAUACCGUGGGCGACAUGGUCGGCACGUUGGUCAGUAUGGUUCAUGCCACUGGAAUUCCGGUGGUGUUCCUGGGAGUUGGACAGCAUUAUGGCGAUUUGAGGGGGCUGAAUGUCGACUGGGCCGUCAACAAAUUGAUGAAGUGAGACAGUCACAGACAAAGACUUAUGAUAAAUGAAGAGCGCAUGAAACUGC